AUGCCUUCCACCAAGACCACCACCAGUGCGCUCGCUGGCACCGUCGGGGCGACUACCCCGGUCAAGGCCAGCGCCCCCACCCUCAGCAAACGCGCUUUCAAGGCUCCUGGAAUCGCCAAAGCCAGCUCGGCCACCUCCCCGUCCGUCUCUGGUUCGACGUCGGACGAGGAGAACGUCCAGCCUCCCCACCUUGCCUCCUCCACCCCUGCGCUGGCCAAGGGCGCCGGCGCAGCAGAGGACCCCAUCGCCAGCCGCCCGCUAUCUCCCUUGUUGUCCAACAAGGAUAACGAGCGCGACGUGCGUGCCUACGAGCACGACCGGCAGCGCACAAAGCGGGCAGCCGAACGCGCCAUGAAGCGCGCGAAGAAGGCUGGCGGUCCGGGGGCGCCUUGCCACGGGUGCCAUGGGGGUAAGGGCGUUACAGCGGACAGGAAGACGCGAGGACGCGUGGCUGGGGAUGCUGCUACUAAUGCGGAAGUUGAUGCAGACGUGGAUGUUCCCCCUGUUGGGUUCACGAAGAGCCUACCAGCGGGGAUGGGCUUCGGAGCAGGCAUGCUUGAACGUGCUAAUCUUGUUGCAAUGGUGGAGGAAGCGGUGGGCAUCGACAGGAAAGUCAGCUUAUUGGACUUUGUCGUCACUUCGUCUAGGAAGCCGCGUAAGGCUAAGGACGACGACUUUGAGUUCAUCCCGCCCGUUCGCUCCGUCAUCGUUCUGGACGACAUGGCAGAGACAAGGGAUAUGGAUGUUGACGAGCCCUGGGAGCACGUUGACGAUGAUUUCGAUGGCACCGACGCCUCUAAGGCCAGCGACGCCGGAAGUGACAAGGACGCAGAACCCUCGUACGCUGAGGUCGUACGGUGCCAUUGA